GUGCUGACGUCACUCUGAGAGAUCUGGAGAGUGACGUCACCUGUGCCGUCAGCUGAGUGUAAAUGUGACGAGUUGUUGUUUAAUGGGAGGCGAUAAUAAACGGGGGUUUCCGGUUCCACCUUAAAGCGCAGACACGUUGCUGAGAGCUCUGUGGGCAGGAGCACGCUCCACAACACGUCGGUUAGCAGCAACGUUACACGUGUUUGUUAUUACACUGUUUUAGGGUAGUUUGUAGGCAGUUUGUAGUCCGGUAAUUAAACAUUAUAAGGUGAAGAAGAAGAAGAGGAUGGAUGUUUGUGAAGCGAAGUCCGAAAUUAAGCAGCUGCUGAACAAAGUGAAGCCGUCUGAACUCCCCAAACUGCUGAACUGGAUCAGAACCUCAGACGAGUUGGACGAGUUUCUGUCCGACAACAGGAAGAAGGUUCUGCAGAACAUCGCUGAGGAUCUGAGAGAGCGUCUGCCUCCGGACGCCAUGUUCCCCUCAGAGAGGACUGCCCUCUGCAAGAUGCAGCAGUGUGUGCGGCCGACGGUGCACGUGGACGGCUUCCUGUACGAUGAAGAGGAGCUGGACUCUCGGUGUGAAGACGGGACGAUGAGUCGCUCGUACUGUCUCAGCUGUGGAUCGCACAGAACCGCUCCUCUGGACUUCAUCUCUCACUCCUUCUCCAUCUCGGAGCUUCACUUCCUGUUUGAGAACGUUCUCCCGGACCUGAGCGGCCGUCUGCUGGUGGACGUCGGCUCCAGGCUGGGAGCCGUGCUGUACGGGGGUUACGUGUUCAGCUCGGCCUCUCAGCUCGUUGGUCUGGAGAUCAGUGACGAGUUUGUCAAAUUGCAGAAUGACAUCCUGCAGAAAUACAAGCUGACAGACCGGAUCCAGGUGAUCCACUCUGAUGUCUGUGUUCAGAACGUUCUGCUGCAGAACGCUGACGUUCUCGUCAUGAACAACGUGUUCGAAUUCUUCCUGGAAACCAGCCAACAAGUCAGAGCGUGGAGCUUCAUCAUGGAGAACUUCAGGAAGAAAGGCUCUCUGCUCGUCACCGUCCCCAGUCUGCAGGAGAGUCUGAACACUCUGCAGCAGGCGGCGCUGCAGCCCGGCUGGGUGGAGGAACUUCCUGUUGACUACGAUGUUUACGUGGACAGAGACACGGACGCCGACGCUCUGCAACAGAUCCACCUGUACAGAGUCCUCUGACCCCGACUCAACGCCAGAUCCACCUGUACAGAGUACUCUGACCCUGACCCUCAUUACAACGGGACAACAGAC